AUGAAGAAGGGAGUGGUUUCACAUUUUGCCUCCAAUGUACAAGAGGCUUUCCGACAAACAUAUUUUAACGUGUCGAAAUUGAUUGAACAAACUAAUGGACCACAUAAUAAGGUUCCUGUGCUAUUGAAUGAAUUGCAAAGAUUUAAUGCAACACUGGCGGAAUAUAAUCAACGAUUUAAACAUCAAAAACAAACUGUGAAAAUGGAGGACCAAUUAUUUCCGAAGAUUAAUUUUUAUAGGAUGAGUUUAUUUAGUUAUCAAUUGGGAUUGUACACAACAGAGUUGAUGAAACUUUCUUGUAUGAAUCCACCUAAGGAGGCUAGAAAAAAGUUUAAUGCUUCGAUACCAGUUCAUCAGGCAUUAUUACUACAAAAUCAAAUGAUUAACAUGUUUUUACAAAAUCAAACUUUUUAUAGAUUUGAAUUAUUAGGAAAUUAUUCCGAUGAUAUCUCAAUAAUUAUGGAAAAAAACAAGGAAUUUUCAUCGAGCAUUGACCCAUUAUUCAAGGAUACAAUCUUAUCAUCGUAUUUUAAGGGAAUUAAUUUAUUUGAUCUUUAUUUCAGAUAUUGUGAGACAUUAUAUCAAGAGGGAGUGUACAAGUCAUGUCUUGUAGCCUAUCAGAGAUGUAUUCAAGAAUCGAGAGAAGUGGAAGGAAAAUUCUAUAGCACACCAGAAGAAAUAUGGCAAUUAAAAGUAAUGCAAGCCAUGUGUUUUUAUAAAAUUGGCCUCAUUCACACAAGACAACAAGGUAAAUUUGAAAUUUUAGGAAAAGAACCUUUGGAUGAUGCACUGAAAUAUUGGUUUGACCAAGCUCACAAUGCCCUACCUGAACAAACUUUUGAAGAGAUGGAUAAAAUUACAGGAUAUCACUUUCUACUUUAUAGUGAACUUGACAGAGAAUUGCCAAAGUUGUUGGGAUAA